GUGAGGCGGCGCGCGCGGGGGGAGGCGCCGCAGCUACUCGGUGCGCCGGCGCCGUCGUCGCUCACUCGUUCGCGCGCUCUCGUCCAGCACGCACGUGUCCGCGCUCCGUCGGCUCCAGCACUUUAGCCGCAACCCCACAUUUAGAACGACCUGGAAAAUUUUGCAGCAAAGCACGGCAACGAGUGACGUCAUAAACACACAGACACAGACACCGACAGUACCAUGAGAACGUCCCUAUUCCUGGCGGGCGCAUGCGCCCUGCUGCUGAGCAUCAGCGCCGCGCCAGCCCCCGAGCCCGCACCUGCGCCCGCGCCGGCGCCAGGACCCGACCCCGCGGCCGCCGCCGCUGCCAUCAACGACAACACGCCCGAAAUCAUCGAGAUUAUUGCUCCCGCCGCCAGUGCCCAGGAGACGCUGUCGACGCUAAACCUAGGCGCUCCAGGUGCAGAGCUCAGCGAACGUAACAAGCGCACCAUUGGCAUCUUGCGGCAGCUCUUCCCUACGCUAACGCAGAUUAUCGAACAGAAGGUGCAGCAGAUCACUAGCGUGGUACUGCAAACGUUCGGGCCCGUGGUUUUACGCGCCUUCCUGGGCAACCGUAAUGGCGGUGGCGGUGGCGGCGGCGGUAUGGAGGGCGGCGGCGGUGGCUCCAUCGAGCUGGACGAUGAUGACGAUGACGACGAAGCUACGACGACUACAACCACAACCACUACCGCCGCUCCUGACGAGCCUGAGCGUCGACGCCGGCGCUGGGCGCUAGUCUACCGCCCGGAGGUGCCGGAGCAGCAGCAGAACUUGCUGUCGGGCGCCGAGUCUCAGCAAGCGGAGGUCCGUGUAGCAUUCGGUGAACAGCAGCAGCAGCAAGCAGCACUGGAACACCGCUCUGACGAAGACCAGCAAACUGCCGCUCAGACCAACACCGCUUCCAUUGACGAAAUCACGCUCGAUGAUGCCGAUAACAGCGAAGAAAACAGAAAUAAGAGAUUCCUGAGCUUCGGUGGCUCGUCGGGCGGCCAGAGCAGCGCCGGUGGCGGCUCUGGCAACUUCCUCUUCGAUAUCGUCAGGCUGGUAGCCGGGUCCUCGGGUGGCUCAUCGGGCGGUGGCGAAGCUAUCGGAGGGGGCUCCGACACCGAAGGAGACGACAGUGCCGCUAAGGGUGACAACCUCACUGAGGGUGUCCCCGGCCCUAUCACGCGGUUGUUCAUCAUCGCCAACCGCGGCAUCGCUAACCUCAUUCAGGACCUCAUCCUAAGAUUGGCGCAGACCUCAGAGCGGAUAGUCAACUUCAAGGCGCGAUUGAUCACCUCCAUCAUCUAAUCGCCUCGCGCGUAGAACAAUGCUAGUGUACUAGUGUAGUGCGCGUACGCCGCGCAGGGAGCCAGGGACUGACGCGCCAGGGAACGAGCGCCGCGCCCGUGCAGCGCCGGCGCCAUGCUCUCUCCUACUCCGGCGCCGGCGCCAACCGCGACCCUUAAUUCCCCUAGAAUAAGAAACCACCGAACCUCGAGAUGUUUCUCAAAUCCCAAAUAUGUACCUAGAUAAUUUAAGCAGCCUUCAAUUUUUCGAGAUAUGUAAUAGCAGUGUAAAUAUGUAGCUAUAAAUUAAUGUUAUGCUUUAUUUCGUUUAUCUAUUACAUAUUUCGAAAAAGCUGUGAUUGAAAAUAUUACAAGUGAAGUAACACUUCGAGAUAGUUGACGUUGUUGAUGAUAUAAGAAAAUGUUAUUUACUUUAGUAGUAGCAUGAGGACUUUUAGUGUGAUGCAUAAAUCUAAAUUAAAAAGAAGUUCCUAUUUGCUUUCCGCCACCACUGGCGCCACCUACCCAGAUGGCGCUCUUCAUAUUUAUUACUCGCUGCACGCUGAGCACCGCGUAUGCGCGAGCGCUGGUUCCCUGGCCCCUAACUGUAAGUGUAGUAGAUAGACGCGGUGCGCCGGCCCCGGGGCCGCUGAUCUGCUCAAGCUUUUUUUACCUAAAGUGACAAUGUCCGAUUCGUUUUUAUGUUUGUAAAUAUGUAUUAUAGCGGAAUUUGUGUAAAAUAAAUUUAGUUAGUUACAAAACGA